AAUAAUAUACAGAAAAAGGGCCUUCUCCUCCUCAAUUAUUUUAGCCCUACUCUGUUUUGAUUAAUAAAAAUUGUACAAUUCUUUGUGUGCUGUCCUCCCAACCCAAAUAAGCAAUAGAAAACCCAACCCCUCUGCCUUUAGAUUGGAAAUGGCAGUCGCUUACAAAUUGCUACUACCACUCUGCCUGAUCGCAUCAAUUCUAAUCCUUCAAGCAUCGGCAGGUGCCGUGGGAUGGAUGAUGCCGGCGGUGAGAUCCGGCUGCAGGGGGACCAUCGCUGAGUGCUUGGCCGGCGGAGACGACGAGUUCGAGCUGGAUUCGGAGUCCAGCAGGCGCAUCCUAGCGACGAGCCGCUACAUCAGCUACGAGGCGCUAAAGAGGAACAACGCCCCCUGCUCGCGCCGCGGCGCCUCCUACUACAAUUGCCGCCCCGGAGCGCAGGCCAACCCCUACCAGCGCGGCUGCAGCGCCAUCACUCGCUGCCGGAGCUGAACGUCUCAUUUCUCUGGUGAUGCUUUAUAGUUUAUUUUUUAAAUAAUUUUAGUUUGAGAUUAUUAUACGAGGAAUUAGCUAAGGAUGAAAUUGCUGUUUGUGGAUUGAUGGUUUGUUCCCUACAAUUAUCAAUAGUGAUGAACAACAUAUUUGUACUCAUUGCAUACAUGUGAUGGGAAAUUUGUUGGAAACUUGAUCCACAAUGGUGGGAUGAAGAUAAGAUUCAAAGUUUCAAACGCUGA